AUGGGUGAAAUGGAGGAAUUGCGAAAGGAGAUGGAGAAUCUCAAAGACCAGAUCACUGCAGCUCGUAAGACAGUGCAAGACACCACACUGCAAGAGGCAGCCGCCGGGAUCACUGUGGUGGGGCGUGUCCAGUUGAAGACCAGGAAAACACUAAGGGGUCACCUUGCCAAGAUCUACGCUAUGCACUGGGGCGCUGACUCCACGCUGUGUGUCAGUGCCUCACAAGAUGGAAAACUCAUAGUGUGGGACAGCAUUACAACCAACAAGGUGAAUGCCAUCCCUCUCAAGUCAUCGUGGGUAAUGACUUGCGCCUAUGCACCUUCGGGGAACCUAGUGGCUUGUGGCGGUCUGGACAACAUGUGCUCCAUCUACAACCUCAAGGGAAAGGACGGAAACGUCAAAGUCAUGCGUGAGCUGGCUGCACACACAGGCUACCUGUCCUGCUGUCGUUUCCUCAGCGACAGUGAGAUUAUCACCAGCUCUGGAGACUGCACCUGCGUACUAUGGGACAUUGAGACAGGAACCCAAAAGACCAUCUUUGCAGGGCACCAGGGAGACUGCAUGUCCCUGGCCGUGUCUCCAGACUUCAAGUUUUUCAUCUCAGGGGCGUGCGACUUCACAGCCAAGCUGUGGGACAUCAGGGAGGCCCAAUGCAGACAGACCUUUGGAGGCCAUGAGAGUGACAUCAACGCAAUUGGAUUCUUCCCAAAUGGUAACGCAGUGAUAACAGGGUCGGAUGACGCCACCUGUAAGCUGUACGACCUGCGAGCUGACCAGGAACUCAUCACCUACCAGGACUCCAGCAUCAUGUGCGGGGUGACCUCCCUGGCCCCCUCCAAGUCAGGACGCCUGUUACUGGCUGGCCACGACGACUUUAACGUCAACAUCUGGGACACACUGAAAUCUGAGAGAGUGGGAGUGCUGGCUGGUCACGACAACAGAGUGAGCUGUAUCGGAGUGUCCUCAGAUGGGAUGGCGUGUUGCACAGGAUCCUGGGACAGCUUCCUCAAGAUAUGGAACUGA